AUGGGUUCCCGCGUUGAUGAUUUAUUAAGCAAUUACAUAUAUUCGCAGCUUGUUGGGGUGCGUUUUAUAGGGAUCCAUGGCAUGCGGGGCAUAGGAAAGACAACGCUUGCUCGAGCUAUCCAUGAUCAAAUUUGUCUGGAUUAUGACCGAACCUGCUUUCUUUCCAAUGUUAGAGAAAUGUCUAAAAACAAUGGCCUAGUUUCUCUACAAGAAAAACUUCUUUCCAGAAUCCUGAUGACAAAAAUUGAAAAUAUAGGGGAUGAAUACAUAGGAGCUGCUAUGAUACAAAGGCGGUUGUGUAGAAAAAAGGUGCUUGUUGUUAUUGAUGAUGUGGAUCAGUUGACACAAUUAGAGAAAUUGGCUGGAAGUCGCAGCUGGUUUGGUCCAGGGACUAGAAUUAUCAUAACCACCACAGAUGUUCAGUUGUUAAAGGCACAUGAUGUUGAUGCUACAUACAAAGUUAACGAGUUAAACUGUGGUGAAGCACUUCAACUUUUGAGUUUGAAGGCUUUUAAGAAAUGUCCCCCACCAGAAGAUUAUUUGGAUCUGUGCUACGAUAUUUUAGGGUAUGCUCAGGGGCUUCCGUUGGCUCUCGUGGUUUUAGGUUCUUUUCUGUCUGGUAGAGGGGCUGAUAAAUGGGCAAGUGCAAUAGAUAGGCUGAGAAGCACACCAGAUAAACGCAUUAUUGACGUGCUUCGGAUUAGUUUUGAUGACCUGCAUAAAAAAGAGAAAGAAAUAUUCCUACAUAUUGCUUGCUUUUACAAGGGGAAGGAUAAGGAUCGUGUGACACAAAUACUAGACUAUUGCCAGCUACAACCUGUCAUUGGUUUAGAUGUUCUCGCUGAUUGA